GCCGUGACGUAAUGUGAGGGGUCGCCCGGCAGGGCUGAGCAGGACCAAUGAGGAGGGGUCAGGGGCUGGUUUGCCUGUUCUCACGCCCAACCCUGAGCCCCAGCCCGGGGAAAGUUUCUCUUCUGGGAGGGAGAGGAGCGAACAUGGCAGCGCGUUGGUGUCUUUGGUGUGUUUCUGCGACCGUGGCGGUGGCGCUGCUCGUGUGCGGGGUUCCCUCAGCCUCUGCCCAAAGAAAGAAGGAGAUGGUGUUAUCAGAAAAGGUUAGUCAACUGAUGGAAUGGACCAAUAAAAGACCUGUAAUAAGGAUGAAUGGAGACAAGUUUCGCCGCCUUGUUAAAGCCCCACCAAGAAACUACUCCGUUAUUGUCAUGUUCACUGCUCUCCAGCUUCAUAGACAAUGUGUUGUGUGCAAGCAAGCUGAUGAAGAAUUCCAGAUCCUGGCAAACUCCUGGCGAUACUCCAGUGCAUUUACCAACAGGAUAUUUUUUGCUAUGGUGGAUUUUGAUGAAGGUUCUGAUGUAUUUCAGAUGCUAAACAUGAAUUCAGCUCCAACUUUCAUCAACUUUCCUGCAAAAGGGAAACCCAAACGGGGUGAUACAUACGAGUUGCAGGUGCGCGGUUUCUCAGCUGAGCAGAUUGCCCGGUGGAUUGCUGACAGAACUGAUGUCAAUAUUAGAGUAAUUAGACCCCCAAAUUACGCUGGUCCCCUUAUGUUGGGAUUGCUUUUGGCUAUUAUUGGUGGACUUGUGUAUCUUCGAAGAAGCAAUAUGGAAUUUCUCUUUAAUAAAACUGGAUGGGCUUUUGCAGCUUUGUGUUUUGUGCUUGCUAUGACGUCUGGUCAAAUGUGGAACCAUAUAAGAGGACCACCGUAUGCUCAUAAGAAUCCUCACACGGGACAUGUGAAUUAUAUCCAUGGAAGCAGCCAAGCCCAGUUUGUAGCUGAAACACACAUUGUUCUUCUGUUUAACGGUGGGGUUACCUUAGGGAUGGUGCUUUUAUGUGAAGCUGCUACAUCUGACAUGGAUAUUGGAAAGCGAAAGAUAAUGUGUGUGGCUGGCAUUGGACUCGUUGUAUUAUUCUUCAGUUGGAUGCUCUCUAUUUUCAGAUCUAAAUAUCAUGGAUAUCCAUAUAGCUUUCUGAUGAGUUAAAAAGGAUGCCAGAGAUAUGUAGACACUGGAGGAAUGGAAAUCGGAAAAUGAAAAACGUGUGUGUGUUUGAAAAGAAGAAGGCAAUUUGUGUAUUUUGUAUUACCUCUUUUUUUUCAAGUGAUUUGAAUAGUUACUCCUUUAACCAAAGACGAUGUGUAGUGCCUUAACAAGCAAUUUCCUGUCAAAAUCAUGAAGUAUUUGGAUACCAUUCUCCUCUUAAUCUUCCCUUCCCAAUGAACUUUAUGGAACAUUUAAUUUAGUAGAAUUAAGUAUAUUAUAAAAAUUUAAAAACUACUACUUCAUUUUAAUUAGAACAAGGUUCAAAACUGCUUAGUUAACUUUUGGCCAUGUAACUUUAUAUUAUCUUAUCCAAAGAUGGAGAAAAAAGUUCUGACCAGGUCUUCCUGCAUAUGCCUGUGACAGAUAACUGCAUCAGGAAUCCAUUCUGAGCUUUUCCAUCUUCGCGUGGAUGUGUAUACUUUGCACAUCUUUCGUUUUGGGCAGAGAAAUCAUGUGUGCUAUGUGGUCUUCUGAAAAUGGAAUUAUCAUUCUUCAGAGUACACAUCUAGCCUUUAGAAAAAAAGACUAGCCAAUCCUCCUCUUCCUCCAUCUUUCCUACUGGAAUACAGUGCUAUCUAUGCUUCUUGGUAGCUGUAGGCAUUAAAAAGUAUCCCUAAAUAGAGGAAUAUGAUUUCUGCAUGAGUGUGGUGUUAACUACAUUGUAUUUGGAAGGAUUUCAGGUUCAUUCUGUCUCCCUAGUUUUCUUUUAUUUAGGCUGGGCCCCUCUCUAAUGAAAAUGUACCAUAGUGCUAAGAUCAGUAUAACUUAAAAGUUGUCUAAAAUGUUUCUGCAAAUUAGAGAUUGUCAGCAUUUAAUUUGUACCUAAGGAAAAAAAAUAAUCUCAUCUGGUUAAGUUGAUUUCUGUAUUACAGUUACAACAUAUUUUAUUGACCCUUGUGUUUAGGAAAAGGGCUCCCCUAGAUUGGGAAAAGAAAAUCCUGCAAUAUUGAGUUGUUGCCUGUGAAGAGAAAGUAAAUGUUUUUUGGAAGCUGUUCUGUGUUCGCUAUUGUUUUAGCCUUCACUCUCUCACUUUAAGUGGAGAAACAAAGUCAACAGUUGAAAAGGUUUUGAGUCUUGUCCUUUUUUCUCUUAGUGGAAAUAACCGUAUCUGCUAACCAAAUUUCUGUGAACAGUUAAAGUUGAGAGUUAUCAUUAGGUCUAGCUAUAACCAUAACACCCCCAUAGUUAUGAAGAGUAUCCUGAAAUGCCACUAUUAUGGAAAUAUGAGAAUUAUGAUUGUGAAAAAAAUUUUUAAAGCAAUCUUAGAAGUAUUACAUUAAAAUAAUACUGUGACUGCCUGCUACUAUUCACCAUCUGAUAACCCUCCCGUGUGGUCUAGAAGUCUUAUAUAAUACCAGAAAGAGAUGGCUAUAAUUGCCUAAGAAGAAAUGCUUUCUGUGAGCUUUCUGUUAGUAGAUUUUGUGGGUGGGGGAUAUAUUUGACAUCUUACUCUUCAGUGGAGUUAAUUUUUGUUAAUUACUCCCAUGUAAAUCAUGUGAUUCUAGAUUCCUUAUCUGCUGUUCUUGUACUUGUCUCAGGCCAAAUAAAUUUAUGCUGUGAUUCUUACAAGACUUAGAUGAAGAUGCCCUAAUUUGUACAGAAUGACCAAGGUAAUACUACUGCCAUGUAAUCUGUAUAGCUCCAAAUAAUUUGCCAUGAGCAUUGAAAGAAUGAGUGUUUUGUAUUUGUUUUGUCUCCCUUAAGAGCACAUUCUUCUUCUGUAAGGAGAAAAAUUACAUUCUGGCUAAAAUUUGUGGAAAGCAGAUUUACUACACUUAGAAUAGUGUUGCUUUUAUUGAAAUUUUGAAAUUAGCUUUCAUCAGAAGUGCCUUAAGUAGAUUCUUAAUUUUCUAGUAAUGGUUUAAAUAUUAUUUGUUAUGCAUUUUUAAAAUACCAUUCAAAAUGAUACAUUGUAGUGGCAAAGAUAACCAAAUGUCUGGCUGUUUGCUUCUUGACCAUAUCAAUAAAAUUUUACAAUCUAAA